UCGUCGAUCAGCGUUCAACACGCGUGUUUCUCUCAUAAUAUUUUGGUCUCUUGUGGUGAGAGCAGGGCGGCCAUUCUUCAUAAAGAACCGAAUGGCGUGUUAGUUUUGGAAUUAGUGGAUUUUUUGUAAGGAUUUGCUCCGGAAUUGAAUGUUUGGAAGUAAAGUCUGGUGCCUAAAGUGAACAACUACCAGAUAAACAGCAAAAUGUCGGAUUAUGAAAUGGGAUCCCCAACCAUUAAGAAGGAGAAGAAAAAGAAGAAGAUCAAACAGGAGCCGGGAGCGGAGAUUGAGAAUUUGGGUGAGAUUCAAAAGUCCGGUAACUUCCAGAUCAAACCCUCGGAGGCCAUUGCCAAGUUGGACACCUCGAAAUGGCCGCUGCUGUUGAAGAAUUUCGAUCGCUUAAAUGUCCGGACCAAUCAUUAUACUCCUCUGCCGUUUGGAUCGUCACCGUUGAAUCGAAAGAUUAAGGAAUAUGUAACGUCCGGAUUCAUCAAUCUGGACAAGCCUUCUAAUCCCAGUUCACACGAAGUGGUGGCAUGGAUCAAGAAAAUUUUGAAGGUGGAUAAGACCGGUCACUCGGGAACACUGGAUCCAAAAGUGACGGGGUGUCUGAUUGUCUGUAUCGACAGAGCGACGCGUCUCGUAAAAAGUCAGCAGAGUGCUGGUAAAGAAUAUGUGGCCGUUUUUAAAUUGCACUCGGCCGUAGAGUCGGUGGCCAAGGUUAACCAGGGACUCGAGAAGCUCCGCGGUGCACUGUUCCAAAGACCUCCCUUGAUUUCGGCUGUGAAGCGUCAGCUUCGAGUUCGUACGGUUUAUGAUUCCAAGUUGCUGGAUUAUGACGAUCAACGGAACAUGGGUGUGUUCUGGGUCAGCUGUGAAGCCGGUUCCUACAUUCGUACCAUGUGUGUUCAUUUAGGUCUGGUAACCGGAGUGGGUGGCCAGAUGUUGGAACUGCGUCGCGUUCGCUCCGGCAUUCAGUCGGAAAAGGACGGAAUGGUCACCAUGCAUGACGUUCUGGAUGCUCAGUAUCUGUACGAUAAUCAUAAGGACGAAACCAUGCUUCGGAGGGUGAUCAAGCCCCUGGAGGGUCUUUUGAUCGGCCAUAAGCGGAUUAUCAUGAAGGAUAGCUCGGUGAAUGCCGUUUGCUAUGGGGCCAAGAUUAUGCUUCCCGGUGUUUUGCGUUACGAGGAUGGAAUCGAAAUGGACCAGGAGAUUGUGAUAGUGACCACGAAGGGAGAAGCCGUGGCACUGGCCAUUGCACUCAUGACUACGGCUACGAUGGCCAGCUGUGACCACGGUGUGUGCGCCAAGAUCAAGCGCGUUAUUAUGGAACGGGAUACAUAUCCCCGCAAGUGGGGCUUGGGACCGAAGGCUUCGAUGAAGAAACAACUGAUUGCCAGCGGAAAACUGGACAAGUAUGGCAAACCAAACGAUAAGACGCCGAAGGAGUGGCUAACCGGCUAUGUCGAUUUCAAUAAACCGGCAGCGCCGGCCAAGGAUACUAACGGAAGUAGUCCGCCAGCCGACGCACAGGAGGAGUUUGGAGGAAAGCGCAAACUGAGCAUCGGUAGCGUAGCUGAUCAAUCGUUGGAAGCUUCAGCCAUGGAAGUGGACGAUGGUGAGAAGAAGAAGAAGAAAAAGAAGAAACACAAGAAGGACGACGAAGCGCCGGAGGCUCCUGAAACCGCUGAAACAGUCGAGGUUGAAGCCGGUGACGAGCCAUCGGGAACCAAGAAAAAGAAGAAGAAGAAGGACAAAAAACAAGAGGAGGAAGCAGAAUAAACUGCUUUAAAAUAACAAAUCUCGCAACGAAUCAAUUUUCGUCGUGCAUCCUGGAGAAGGAACGAGGUACUUCAUACUUGAUAAACCCCCUUACCAUCUCUCAUUUCUGAGGAGACGAGCUAUUCCUCUUAGGACUGUGCACCUAUUUGUUAGGUGCUUCAACCGUUUUCUCGUUGAUUUAUUUCUUAAAGUUUUGGUAAGGUUCCAAUCGGCCUCGCGCAAUCACGAGGAGAAAAAAGUGCAUUUGUUUCCUAGAAUGAAAGCUUACCAAGUCCAGAUUUAGAUAUUUUUAAACUUCAAACGCAGAAUUAAAGUCAUUUUACUAACGUUCAAUUUAUAGUCCCUUGCGUAGAAGUCCACCGAAACAAAGUGAAUUAAGUUGUCGGUUUUAAUGCUGAGGUUGGACGUUCGUUUGCUCGAUUAUGAUUAAGUUUUGUCAAUCUACUUAUUAUCAUAUCGUAAGAACGAGACAUCUGAAAAAGUUGUCUCAGGUUUAUUUUUAGGUCAAACACAUUUUGUUUUCUUUUACAUUAAGAAGAUGAAGAUAUAGAGUUAUAAUUACUUAUUGUACAA